UUGAAAGCAAAACAAAUCAGUUCUUAUCACUUUGUGUUUCGGAAGUUGUUUUACAAUUUUUCAUAAUGCACGAAGCGUACAUAAUUUAUCCGCCGGAGAAAAUCUCCGUGCAAAUCGAGUCAAUGACAGGAUUCGAUAACAAGCUGAUACUUGGCACCCGGCAGGGACACUUGCUCAUGUACUCGUUCGAGAUGAAUUCGGAAACAAACAAACUUGACCUGCAGCUUCUGCAGUACGAUAAAAACUUUAGCAAGAAACCCAUCACACAGAUUGAUGUGAUUCCGGAGUACAAGCUGAUGUUCAGCUUGACCGACGGGCUGUUGAACGUGAACGAUUUUGGCCGGCACGGCUUCCCACUGAUUCAUUCCGCAUUGCGAACUAAGGGUGCCACGGUGUUUGCAUUGGAUAUAAAGCGGUCCAAAUCGUUGACCAGCGAUAUAACGAUUGUCUGCCGCGUUUGUGUGGCUGUUAAGCGGAAGCUGCAAUGCUACUAUUGGAAGCAACAUCAGUUGUUGGAGUUUAUCAGCGAUAUUGACUUGAACGACGUGCCUAAAACGGUAGCAUGGAAUAAUAAUUUCAUCUGUGUCGGAUACAAAACCGAAUACGUGCUGUACGAUAUAUCGGGAGACCAGCCUCGCAAAAUCGAUCUGUUUCCAACGAGCUCCUCAAAAACCAUAGAACCGUGUAUCACCCUGAUUGAAGACAGUGUGUUCGCGGUGGUGAAAGAUGAGUUCUUAAUUACAAUCUACACCGAAAAGUAUCGGGCCGACGAUCGUGAAGGUCCGAAUAGUAUGUCCGGAUCUGUGAAACCAGUGGAAGCCAUUGCCGCCGCCGCAAACAAUGAGGCUAAACGCACGAUGAACUUGAAGACACUCAUCUGGAGCGAACCUUUCCAGUCGUUGGUUUGGGAUGAACCGUACGCCGUCGGAUUGAUAAACGAUGCCAUCGAGGUGCGUGUGUUCGACAAUGUCGAGGACAAAGGAACGUUGAUACAGAGCAUUCCGCAGCUUCAAAAGGCACGGUUUUUGGUGCGCGGAAAGCAGGGUCUUUUGUAUGCGGCGUCCGUUUCGCACCUUUGGUGCAUACAGGCGGUCGAUAUCUCGAAGCAGCGAGACCAUUUGCUGAAGGAGGAAAAUUUCCAGCUCGCACUGAAACUAACGAACAUUUCUGAUGAAAGUCCGGAAUUCAAGGCAACGAAAAUUAACGAAAUUCAAACACGGCAUGCGUACAAUCUUUUCGUGAAAAAACACUUCCGGGAGUCAAUGCGCGAGUUUGCUCAGUUGAACACAGACCCGCUCGACGUGAUACGUUUGUUUCCCGAUCUUCUGCCCGACAAUGGGAAAAACAAGCUUAGCAAUUACUCUGACAAAGCAGCUCCCGAACUGGACGAAAAAGAACUUGAAAACGCCAUCCUCGCGCUAAUCGAUUACUUGGCGGAUAAGCGCUUUCCGCUGCGGAAAGAGUUGAAAUUGAAUGCGGACGGGACGACGUCCAAGAACGUGUCGGCGCUGCUCGCCAUAAUUGAUACGACCCUACUGAAGUGCUACCUGCAGACAAAUGAUUCCCUCGUCGCAUCCGUGCUCCGCAUGAACCAUUGCUAUCUGGAAGAAUCCGAGCGGGUGCUCAAGAAGCACGAGAAGUACGUUGAGUUGAUCAUUCUUUACCAAACAAAGGGUCAACACAAACGGGCACUACAACUACUGCAAUCGCAAGCGGACAUCCCAGAGUCGCCGCUGUAUGGACACGACCGCACAAUUCAGUACCUUCAGCAACUGGGGUCCGAAUUCAAGCAACUGAUAUUUGAGUUUUCUGGCUGGGUGCUGCAGAAGCAUCCGGACGAUGGGCUGAAGGUGUUUAUUGAAGAGAUACCGGAGGUUAAGAAUCUUCCCCGGGCAGAAGUGCUCGACUAUUUGCUGAAGGACCACAAAACGCUGGUCAUUCGGUAUCUGGAGCAUAUUAUCAAUGUAUGGAACGAACAGAAAGCACUUUUCCACAACAUUCUAAUCCAACAGUACCGUGAGAAGUUGCUCACGUUCAAAAACAAUUCUGAUGCUGAAAGUAGCCCACAAAAGAAAGCCGAAAGGGAUUUAGUAAAUGAAAAAUUGCUAAGUUUCCUGCGAAAGUCCAAAUAUUACCAUGCGGAAAAAGUUUUGGGAGAAUUUCCUUACACAGACAUGUUUGAGGAGCGGGCUAUCAUUCUAGGACGUUUAGGAAAACAUGAAAAAGCGAUGGCGAUUUUUGUUCAAAUAUUGGGUGAUUUCGAGAAAGGACUCGCCUACUGCGACGACGUGUAUGACGCGGAUGAUGUGCAAAACUGUGAUGUUUACGUGACGCUUAUGAAGAUCAUUCUCACGCCACCGUCGGCCCCACCGUACAGCGAUGUGCCACUGCAUCCCCGCUGCCAAACGCCCGACCACGACAUGGUACUCAGCAUCCUUGAGAAGCACGCCGAGAAAAUCAAUCCGUAUGCGGCACUGCAGAUUCUUCCGGACACGAUACCGCUGGUGCGCAUCAAACACUUCCUAGAGAACGCGCUCAAGUACUACCUCGAGAAAAAGCAACGGGCGCAGGUGCUGAAGGGGUUGUACUACGCGGAGCAUCUGCAGAUCAUGGAGCAGAAGAUGCUGUGCGAGUCGAAGCACUUUUUGGUAACCGACUUGAGCGUUUGUGCGGUCUGCAAGAAGAAAUUUAGCAACCAAAGUGCGUUCGUACGCCUACCGGAAGGAAGCAUAGUACACUUUUCAUGCCAGGACCGAAUGUUUGCCUGAAGCGGACCGGUUGGUGAUGGGUGUUGCUGACUUAGUUCAAGCCAUACCCUAAAAAAUAUGCUUAUUAUACUCGUUGUAAUCACACUAAAUAUUUAUGCAUUGAAUAAAUCGUUCAAAAACAAACAA